CCUUCCUUCCUUCCUAUCACUGAAAUGAAAUGAAGAACCACAGAAGUAAUCGGCGAAAUUGCGUGUUUUGUUUUUAAAGUUAGUUUCUGAUUCUGUUUCAAUUGUAAAAAUCUUACUGCACUGAUAUUUUUGUUAAAGAGUGGACUAAAGAUGGGAGUACGUACGUACAAUGAAGAACUACAGUAUUUGGAGAAAAUUUCUCCUGUCGCCUGGAGAAUCAAGAAAGGUUUUGUAUCGAAUAUGAAAGUUGAAGGAAUAUUUUAUGUGAAUUCCCAUUUAGAAAAGUUAAUGUUUGAUGAACUUCGAAACUUCUGCAGACCUGGUUCUAUUGGAGGGUUUUUGCCUGGUAUGAAACAAAUAGGAAAUGUAGCUGCCCUUCCAGGUAUUGUCAGUCGGUCAAUUGGGCUUCCUGAUGUUCAUUCUGGGUAUGGUUUUGCAAUUGGAAAUACUGCUGCAUUUGACAUGGAUGAUCCUAAAGCUAUUGUAUCACCAGGUGGUGUAGGCUUUGAUAUAAAUUGUGGUGUCCGUUUGCUGAGGACAAAUUUAAUGGAAAAAGAUGUGCAACCAAUCAAAGAACAACUUGCUCAAAGUAUGUUUGAUCAUAUUCCUGUUGGUGUUGGUUCAAAAGGCAUAAUUCCAAUGAAUGCUAGAGAUCUGGAAGAGGCUUUGGAAAUGGGUGUUGAUUGGUCACUUCGUGAAGGAUAUGCUUGGGCAGAAGAUAAAGAGCAUUGUGAAGAGUAUGGAAGAAUGCUUACUGCAGAUCCAGCUAAAGUAUCUAUGAAAGCUAAGAAACGUGGUCUUCCACAAUUAGGUACACUGGGAGCUGGGAACCAUUAUGCAGAAAUUCAAGUUGUAGAUGAAAUUUUUGACAAAACUAAUGCUAGUAAAAUGGGUAUUGAUUCUAGAGGCCAAGUAUGUGUUAUGAUUCAUAGCGGGAGCAGAGGAUUUGGCCAUCAAGUUGCUACUGAUGCUUUAGUUGCUAUGGAAAAAGCCAUGAAACGAGAUCAGAUUGAAGUAAAUGAUAGACAGCUAGCUUGUGCUCAUAUUAAAUCCCAGGAAGGCCAAGAUUAUUUGAAGUCAAUGGCCGCUGCUGCUAAUUUUGCUUGGGUUAACCGCUCAAGUAUGACCUUUUUAAGCCGACAAGCAUUUGCCAAAGCUUACAAUACUACUCCAGAUGACUUAGAUAUGCAUGUGAUAUAUGAUGUGUCUCAUAAUAUUGCCAAAAUAGAAAAACAUUUUGUAGACGGUAAAGAAAAAAUGCUGCUGGUUCAUAGAAAGGGUUCAACACGAGCAUUUCCACCACAUCAUCCUUUAAUUCCUGUAGAUUACCAGCUUACUGGUCAGCCAGUACUUAUUGGUGGUACUAUGGGAACAUGUAGUUAUGUAUUAACUGGAACUGAAAAAGGUAUGGUGGAAACAUUUGGUACAACUUGUCAUGGUGCUGGUCGAGCUUUAUCUAGAGCCAAAUCUCGCAGAAAUCUGGAUUAUCAGGAUGUUCUGAACAAUUUAGCUGACAUGGGUAUUUCUAUCAGAGUAGCAUCUCCUAAACUAGUCAUGGAGGAAGCUCCAGAUUCAUAUAAAAAUGUAACUGAUGUUGUUGAUACUUGCCAUGAAGCAGGUAUAAGUAAAAAGUGUAUUAAACUCAGACCUAUUGCUGUUAUUAAAGGAUAAAUGCUAUUAAAAAUUUAUGAUGGAA